GAGUUGGCAGCUUGGCUAAAAGGUCGGAGCAAUGCACUUGCAGAGCACUUUGCUAGACAAGCUUCUAGUGUAUUGGACAGGACCUGCGGAAUCAGCAACCUGACUGCUUCGCAGCUGACCCAGUGGUAGCAAGAUCUGAAACAGGCACGCCAGUCAACAUGAGCACAGCAGGCAAAGUUAUUAAAUGCAAGGCAGCAGUACUGUGGGAAGCUAAUAAACCAUUUUCUAUCGAGGAAGUGGAAGUUGCCCCACCAAAAGCACACGAAGUUCGCAUUAAGAUCUUGGCCACAGGGAUCUGUCGCUCCGAUGACCACGUGGUAACUGGAGGACUGGUUAUGCCUUUUCCAAUAAUUCUUGGGCAUGAGGCAGCUGGUCUUGUGGAGAGUGUUGGGGAGGGAGUAACUUCGUUAAAGCCAGGAGACAAGGUCAUUCCACUCUUCAUUCCACAGUGUGGGGAAUGCAGCGCUUGCUUAAGCUCCAAGGGUAAUAUGUGCAUUAAAAAUGACAUUGGUUCAGCUGCUGGAUUAAUGGCUGAUGGCACCUCUAGGUUUACCUGUAAGGGAAAACCAGUUCACCAUUUUAUUGGUACCAGCACCUUCACUGAAUACACAGUAGUGCAUGAAACUGCUGCAGUCAAAAUCGAUUCUGCUGCUCCUCCAGAAAAAAUCUGUCUGAUCGGCUGUGGAUUCUCAACUGGUUAUGGGGCUGCUCUGCAGACUGCAAAGGUGGAAGCAGGCUCUACCUGUGCUGUCUUCGGCCUCGGAGGAGUUGGCCUCUCUGUUAUCAUGGGCUGCAAGGCAGCUGGAGCUUCUCGCAUCAUCGCUGUUGAUAUCAAUAGUGACAAGUUCGCCAAGGCCAAGGAGCUGGGAGCCACUGACUGCAUCAAUCCUAAAGAUUGCAAGGAGCCCAUUCACAAAGUGCUGAUUGGAAUGACUGGCUAUGGCGUGGACUACUCCUUUGAGGUCAUCGGACGUAUCGAAACCAUGGUUGCAGCCUUGGCCUCAUGCCACUACAACUACGGAGUCAGCGUGAUUGUGGGAGUGCCCCCUGCAGCACAGAAUAUCACUUUUGACCCCAUGCUCCUCUUCAGUGGUCGCACCUGGAAAGGGUCUGUCUUCGGAGGCUGGAAGAGUAAAGAUUCAGUCCCCAAGCUGGUUGCUGACUACAUGAAGAAAAAAUUUGUUCUGGAGCCAUUAAUAACCCACACCCUUCCUUUCAGUAAAAUCAACGAAGGAUUUGAUCUGCUAAGGGCAGGGAAGAGUAUUCGCAGUGUCCUGACAUUUUAGGAUUCCUAAAUGAUAAACAGCAGAUGGCUUAGCAGCAGCACAAACUUCAUUAUCCUCCAAGACAACGGAUACAAAUUGUGAAAUAAGACAUUUCUGAAAGAUCUGCCACCACCACCCUUGAAUAAAAGGAUGAAGCUCAACAUCCAGACUACCAUACUUGCUUCUGUCACAGGUGUUAUGAAAGGUUUGGCUUUAUUCAAACAGGUUUUAACAGGCAAUCUUUUAAUUAAAAAAAAAAAAAAAAAAAAAAGGGGGGGGGGCAAGCAAACUGUCUAUUUGGAUCUUAAUAAAGCUGCAAGUUUAACAGUUCACACACCAGGAAAUUAAAGUACUGCUCAAUAAAACUCUAGGUUGGAACUAAGUAUUCAUCCUGAAUGA